CCGGAAAACCAGAAUAUAUCAGCAUUCCAGCACCAAGAGUUUAAUCACUUUAAACUUUAUACACUACUAUCAUGGCUACAAAUGCUUGGAGACUUCAAGGGUUUUCCACAGAUGCCUUAGAACUUCUCAACGGCGCGGAAUUCAUGCGACCCGUGGUUCGAAGAAAUUCCGAUGUUGUCAACGAGGUGAACAAUUUCGGUGAAGGUAUUCUGAACGUCGCCUGUAAUUUGAAACUAUGGGACUGCGUAAAAUUUCUUGCCGAAAACGGAGCCCCCGUGAAUCUUCUUGGAGACUUCGACUACACAGCACUUCAUAUCCUCAGCGAAGUCGGCAACGCCGAACUGAUAGAGGUGCUUGUGACCCGCGGCGCGGACAUUGAGGCUAGAGCUCGACGGUGGUUUGAAAGAACGCCACUGCACCUGGCUGCACAAGCGCUAAAUUUCGAUGCUGUCAAAUCAUUGCUGAAUCUUGGUGCUCGGGUGGAUUCUAUCGACGAACACGGGUGUACUGCAUUGCAUCUCGCGACUGCGAUGUCAUCAGUGUCAAACGGCAUGUUCACGCCCAAUCACAUGAUAAAAACAGGCAUGAAAGCGGCACCCGUCGUAUCCAUUCUCUUGUCAUUCGGCGCUGAUACGAAGCUAGAAGCAAAUGUUCACUUCACCACCGACGAGCAGGAAAUUCCCCUGGAAACUGCACAACGGAGAAAUUGCUUGCCAGUUGCAGAAAUUCUGGAACUCUGGGACCAUCUCAAACACAAGGCGCAAGACGAAACUGCCUCAUUGGGCUUCAAACGUUUUCUCAAAUCCCAGCAACUUUCCGAUGUUACUUUCCUCAUUCGUGACGAAGAAUCCAGAAAGAAAGUUGAACACAAAAUCCCGGCGCAUAAAAUCUUACUUGCAAGUGAGAGCCCGGUAUUCGAAGCAAUGUUCCGACAUCCGUUCAAAGAAAAAAAAUCGAACACAGUUCGGUACUGCGAGCUUGACCUGAAAACGUUCGAGCAGCUUCUGAAUUAUGUGUACAAGAAAACUAUCGAGGACAGUCCAGACAGUUUAACUCGGCUUCUCGAGGUUGCCGACAGGCUUCAAAUCCCGAAACUCAAAUGGGACUGCGAAGUGUUGCUGCUACGUUACCUGGACACUCAAGACGCAGAGGAUGCUUACACUAUUGGCACGAGACACAAUGCGGCUCUCGUGGCUCGUGUCGCCGAAAUUCUGCUUUCUCAAUCCCCGCCAAAUGGCGGAGAAACACCGAAAACUCCGGGAUCCUGCGAAAUUCUUCGGAGUCAACCAGCGCAUGAUCCCGUAACACCAAAUGUGAUGGAAGUCAGCGACGUUCGACGAGAGCCGAUUGACGAUAACGUUGAUGGAAGUGGACCGAAUCCUUCUCCGAAUAACGAUUUUAUAGAUGAUUUCUAACAACUUGACACAUCAGCUGAUACAUACAGUACAAGCAUAAAUGUUUUCUCCGGAAUACGAAUUACAGGUCUCGUACAAAAUUGCCUCCGACAUACCGUGUAAUAAGUAUAGAGCAGGUCAUAUUUUCA